CAAAUUCGUAACUUCAAAGAAUUUGAAAUAAUCAUUUAUUCAAAAAAUAUUUUCGAGUUUUCAGCCAACAACGUAGCAUUUACCGAUCGACAAUUACAUUAUCGAGGCAAAUUUCACGUUGAAUUGAACAGAAAAUGCAAUCGUUUAUCUCUCGCUAAAAAAAAAGUGCUAGUCAUUUUCGUGGUGAAAUAAUUCGAGAGACAUUACUGUAUAAAAUAAUGGCAGCAACCGCCGUAGCCGUGCCCCGAAAACUCGACGAAGAGUCCGAAGAAGACAAGGAAUUGCAAUCCGAACUAAAACUGCUCGUCGAUAAGAUCACAGGAAAAGACCAGCUACUCAUCCCCUCCGCAUUGGAGAUGAUGAAAUAUUUAAUAAGAACAUCGACGACUUCGAUGACCUCCGUGCCCAAACCUCUCAAAUACCUGGCCCCUUUCUACGACGAAUUGAAAAAAGCCCACGAGAAAAUGUCCAACGACGCCGUAAAGAAAAGCCUCGCCGACAUUAUAUCCUUACUAGCCAUGGGAACAGCCGGAGGAGAAGAGGCCAAGAAGAACCGGGAUUGCCUGAGAUAUUGCCUUAUGGGUACUAUGAAGAAUAUAGGCGAUUGGGGACACGAAUACAUCAGGCAAUUGGAGAAAGAAAUCGUGCAACAAUGGAACUUCAACUGCGAAAAAACCACGCGACAAAUACUCCCUCUAAUCAAAGACAUCAUGAUCUUCAACACCACCCAUCACGCCGAAAUCCAGGGUAACAAACCAACCGAUUACAUCAAAUUUUCCAAACCUAGUCGUAUCGUUAUAGGUUGCGAUCUGCUGAUGGAAAUCGACCUGCUGAACGAGCUACCUCAGUACAUGAGCAAAAACAACUACCCCAGGAUCUGCAUGUACCUACAUUCCUGCUCGAAGUACGUCGACGACAUCGAGCGCAUCAAAAUCAUGAAGCUGGUGAAGGAUCAGUAUAUACAAUUCGGCGAAUACGCUAAAGCUUUAAUAACAGCCAUGCAAAGCGACGACGGGGAUUUGAUCAAUAAAAUCUUCUCCACCUGCACCGAUAAGAUCGUAUUGUAUCAACUAGCGUUCAUCUGCGCCCGACAGAACUACAUGAUCGAUUUGGAUCCCAAUAAUGCUCAUUACGACGCCAUUAUGGGGAUAUUGAGCAACAGCCAUUUGAGCUCCUACUUCGCCACCUUAGCUAGAGAGCUGGACGUGCUGGAGCCCAAAACGCCCGAAGAUGUCUACAAAACCUGGCUGGAACCGGUACCGCCGAGACUCACCAUCCUCGGCGAGAACAUGAACAGCGCUAGACAAAAUUUAGCAUCGUCCUUCGUUAAUGGCUUCGUCAACGCCGGUUUCGGCAGCGAUAAACUUCUUACAGUCGAUGGAGGUAACAAAUGGAUUUAUCGCAACAAAGACCACGGUAUGUUGAGCGCGACUGCAUCGUUGGGUCUUCUACAUCUCUGGGACGUCGAUGGCGGUUUGACUCCUAUCGAUAAAUAUCUUUAUUCCACCGAUGAUUUCAUCAAAUCCGGCGCUUUACUGGCGCUAGGCAUCGUGAAUUGUAGAGUACGAAACGAAUGCGAUCCAGCUUUAGCUCUGCUAGGCGAUUAUGUGGCUUCCGACAACGAAACGCUCCAAAUCGGCGCCAUUUUAGGCAUAGCCCUAGCCUACGCAGGUUCGCAUAGACAAGACGUGGUGGAUCUCCUCCUGCCUCUAGUCGGCGCCACCAAAUCGAUGGAGAUCCUCGGCCUGGCGUGCCUCGCCUUGGGUUUCGUAUCGUUGGGUAAAUUCGACAACGACAUCCCGUCGACCAUCUUCAACAGAAUCAUCGAAACCAACAACACCGACGCGCUGAAAUCGGCCUUCAUGCGACUGGCGGGGCUCGGCCUGUCGCUGUGCUACUUCGGCGCCCGCGACGCCAUCGAGGUGCCCAACGAGACGAUGAACGUGAUGGAGGAACCGUUCAAAACCAACAUACAAACCACGUUGUUGAUGUGCGCCUACGCCGGCACCGGCGACGUGUUGAUCAUCCAGGAACUGCUACGGAUCGUCGGCGAGAAAGUUGAAGUAGCCAAAAAGGAGAAAACUAAAGAGAGUAACGAUGGUAGUAAUAGUAGUAAAGGUGAUAAGAAGGAUAAGAAGGAGAGGAGAGGUAGUUUUACGAGGAUCAAAGCGCCGAGACGCGUCGAUUGGGAUUACGCCAGCGGGCAAGCUCUAGCUACGCUAGCUGUAGCUGUCGUAGCAGUUGGUGAAGAUAUCGGUGUGGAGAUGAUCCAUCGGAUAUUCGGACAGGUGUUUCGCUACGGGGAACCGACGGUGCGUCGCGCCGUCUCCUUGGCGAUGGCGCUGGCGUCGGUGUCGAAUCCGCAGCUGGGCGUCGUCGACGUGCUGACGAAGUAUUCGCACGACGCCGACGAGGACGUGGCCGUGAAUUCGAUUUUCGGUUUGGGCGUCGUCGGGGCCGGUACGAACAACGCCCGCGUGGCGGCGACGCUGCGCCAAUUGGCGGUGUUCCACAACAAGAACCCGUCGGAGUUGUUUAUGGUGAGAUUGGCGCAGGGUUUGGUGCACAUGGGCAAAGGUACGCUGACGUUCGAUCCGAUGCAUACCGAUAGGAUGUUGGUGGAUUCGGUCGCUUUGGCUGGUCUUUUGACUGUGAUGGUGGCUCUGUUGGAACCGCAGACGUUGAUUUUGGGUCAGAUGCACUAUUUGGUGUAUAUGUUGGCGGCGACUAUUCAACCGAGGUGGUUGUUGACUUUGGACGAGGAUUUGAAUCCGGUGCCGGUGACUGUGAGAGUCGGGCAAGCUGUGGAUAUCGUAGGGAAGGCUGGUACUCCGAAAACUAUAGCUGGUAUUCAUACUCACACGACACCGGUUCUCUUAGCUACUGCCGAAAGAGCUGAACUCGCUACUGAUCAGUACGAAAUCGUAUCGCCCACUUUGGACGGGAUUUGCGUUUUGAGGAAAAUUGAUCAACCAGCAUAGAUUUUGUUUCUUAAUUGAUAGAUUAUCCCUUUAUUGU